AUGAAAAACGAACAAUCAAUUGAUGGUGAAAAAGGAGAUCAAAUAAUUAAUAGUCAAAUGAUAAUUAAUAAUGUAUUAAUUGAUGGAAGAUCAACUGGAUUAUUAGGUAGAGUUUUUUUAAAAUUUGUAAUGGAAAAUGGUGGUGAUUUACAAUUUGAAAAUGAUUGUGAAUUUCAAAUUGGUGAUUCUGUUGGUGUAAGAUUUCAAAGUUCAAAACCAAACAAAAUGAUAAAUUAUCAAUUAUUUGGUGAAAUUUAUAAAAUUAAAUCAAAUAAAAUUAUAAUUUCAAUUGAUUGUGAUGAUCCAACUUUAUUCAGUUCAUUUGGACAACCAUAUAAAUGGGUACAAGAAGAUUAUUCAUUUAUUAAAUUUUCAAUUGAUAAAAUUAAUUUCAAUGAAAAUCAAAAUAAAAUUUUAAAAGAAACAUUAGAAUCGUUAAAUGGUGUAAAUGGUUAUGAAAAAUAUAAAAGUUUAUUCGAAGAUGAUAAUAAUAAUGAUAAUAUUUGCACAACUAAAGAUCAAUUUAAAAAUAGUGAAAUAAUUUUAAAAGAUUUAGAAAAUAAUAUUAUUAAUAAUAAUCAAGAUAUUAUAAAAAUUAAUAAUUCAAAUAAUACAUGUAAAGUUAAAACAAUAACUGAUAUAAUUAAACAUUUAAUUAAAUCAAAUGAUAAAAAUAAAAUAUUAGUAUAUAGUUCUUCAAACGAGUCAAUUGAUUUCAUUUGUAAUAGUUUGUAUGAUGAUAAAAAUAAUAACAAUAAUAAUAAUGAAUUAAUUACAAAAAUUGGUAGUCCAAGCGAAAUUAAAAAUAUUUCAUUAGAGUAUAAAAUCAAACAUAGUGAAGGUGGUAAAUCAAUUAAACAAAUUAAACAAGAUAUAAUUGAAUUGGCUAAUAAUACAUUGGAUUCAAAAAAGUCUGAUAUAAAUUCAUCAAUUUCAAAAAUUACUUCUUUAAAAAAGGAUUUAAAUAAAUUAGAAAAAUCAUUAAUUAAUAAAACUAUUAAUGAAUCAAGAAUUAUAUUAUCAUCAUCAAAUAUAAAUUCAUUAGAUAAAUUUUUAAAAGAUAAAAAUGAUUUUGAUUGGGUUAUAAUUGAUGAAUCAAAUUUAAUUUUAGAUAAAACUUGUUUGGUACCAAUAUUAAAAGGUAAAAAAUUAAUAGUUAUUAGUGAUUAUCACAAUUAA